AUGGCGCGGAAGGCCGAGCAUCAGGGAGGCACCGUACUGGUUCUUCCUUUCUUCGGCGCAACGCGGGAGGGCGAUGAUGCCGAGAACGCCCUAUCGCGCCCUACUGCUGACAUGACUCCAGUCUGCUUACGAGUUGCGGUCACGAGCAAUUACCGAGACGAGUGCGCCACAACGAAUGAUAGAGCUCUUGCCUGA